AUGGGAUUUAUGGGAAUUGUCUUAAAGGAGGCGCUGGAAGUUCUACUGAACUUUUACCCUUGGCACAAAUAUGUGCAGGAAGAAGCCAAGUCUACAUUAGACAGAAUGUUACAGGAUCAGACUCAUAUAAUCGUAAAGGACAGUCCAAGUAAGACUAUAUUAGAAAAUCUAGACUGGAAAACCUGGCCACCAGUAAUGGCAACGUUGCCUGAUACCGUCCCCCAAGGCUCUGUUGACAUGUGUAAAGUACUAGAAGUGACUGGCGCUGAACAGGUUACGGGUCAUCCUCACUCUCUUGCCCUUACUAGUCCCGACCGUGUGACUUUCGUUAAAGCGGCAAGUCGCGAAGAUGCCCGAUGGUGGGCAGAAUUGCUGGCGGUGUUUCCCCGUCGGCAUAAACGCAAUGCGACGUUUCCAGGCGGUCGCGCAUCUCCUAGUCUUCCUCAACUGGGCAGAAGCGCUUCUCCGCAGCCGCCUCGACCUCGCCAUCUAUCAGUAACGGGACCGAGUCCGCGUACUAACUUCGAAACACCACCUUUGAAGGAAGAGAGAGAGUCUCCUCCGAAAGAACAGGAUGCGAAAGUACAAAUAGUCCAACCUUCAAGUGAUUUCCUUGGAGAUAAUGCCCAGAAGUGCAUUAAUAGCAUACUACUUUCUUCUGAUAUUUCAGACGAAGUUAUUUAUGCAGUCAACCUAAAUUUCACAUUUCAAGUACCAGUCAUAUACUAUAAUACCAAGCAUAAUUUUACAAGGAUUCUUUAUAAUAAACCAUCAACAUUUAUUAUGGCAGGUAAUGUUUCUGAGGCUUUAGAAAAUCUUUACAAUCAAACACUGCUUAACAGUAGAGCGAAAUUUAUAAUUUUAGUUGCCAAAAUAAGUCCAAUGAUUUACAAAAUACUAGACGACUACAACAUAUAUAAAGUACUUGUUAUUAUUAAGAGUACAAUGCAAAUGUUUGUGUACCAAACUAGUAAAAAAGGUAACUAUCAAAUGAUGCCUUUAACUCUUACCUGCUCAGCACUAAGAAUAAACGAUUUGACAACUGGAACUACAGAGAUCAGCACACUGAAAACAAUGUAUAGUUUCUUACCGCCUGGAGUCGUUAACCAGAAAAAAGGUGUAUACAUAGAAAUAGUAAAUACAAUUAUGUUAAACAUGAACGUUACUAUGGAUUAUGUCAAAACAGAAGGUUAUGACGCUUUUUUCGUGCCUAGCCAAUUUAAAACGGAUAAAUGUGAUUUUUUUAUUUCUCCAAUCUCUGAACAUAUGAUUCAAACUGACGUUCUUUUGGAUAAAACUAGUACGGUUAAUACAGAUGUGGCACUUUUCCUUGUACCUCGGAUUUCGAAGCCCAAAAAUAGAUGGAAUAUAUUCUAUGAAGAAUUUUCGUUGGUAGUAUGGUUGUGCUGUUUUGCUGUAGCAUUCGUGUUGUAUUUGUUGUUUAUGUACUUUAGUAAAAGAGUAGAAAUUAACGAAAAUGUUGCUAUGUAUAUUGCUAUGAUCAGCAUCCUAUUUGAGGGUUGUACUAAUUUACACAUAAAAAGCGUGGGCUUAAGAGCAUUGCUGGUCAAUUAUUUGAUAUUUUGCUUAAUAUUAACAACAGUAUACAAGAGUAGAAUGUUCGACAUUAUGAUUAGAGAUAUUCCUUCUGAAAUUUUCGAGCACAGUCAAGAUAUUUGGAAAUAUCCCAAUUUUAGAAUGUGUUUACCGUCUGCUGCAGUUUUUUACAUUUUCAAUGCAUCAGUUUAUCCUCCUUAUAGAGAACUGACCAAAAAUAAUAGGUCCUUUGUAGAUAAAGCGAAGAACUGUUUGGAAAAAGUAGCUAAAGACAAAAACAAAGUAUCGUAUCUUUUGUUGAGUCAUAUAGAAUAUUAUGUUCCUGAUUUUUACCUGGAUGAGGAUGGCAAAUCGUUAGUCAAUACUUUUGAACUCGAUCAAAUGUCUGCUUUCUUAUGUCUUUGUUUUAGGGAAGGGCAUCCUCUUUUUCCAGCAUUUAACAGUAAAUUAAGACGACUAAAGGCAUCAGGAAUUAUAAACCACAUUAUUCUUAAAUCUUCUAGUAAAUAUAGGAAAGCUGAAGCGUUGGCAAAUGCCAAAGAUCUUCUCCAAUACAACGCCUUAAAUGUGGAUCAUUUGAGGAGCACCUUUCUUGUGUAUUUAUUUGGAAUGAUGUUCAGUGUGAUUGCGUUUUGCUUAGAAUAUUUUCGUAUUAUUUAA